AUGGUACACAAAUAUGCAAUCAAUGAGAAACCAAUUGCGGUUGUAGAUGAUCAAGUGGAAGUAGGCGAGGAGUACUUGAUCUACCCAGGGAACAGAGAAAAGCAUAAUUUUAAGGUUCGGGUUGGUGGACGAGAGAAGACUGACGGCCUAGAACCCAAGAGACUCGGAAGACAGGCCAAUGGUGAUUCGUAUACUAGAGUGAUCACAUCAGGCGAGCUAUGGUUAUCCGAUGAUGACUCAGACAGCGACGAAAUCCUGCAGGACUACUACAUUCCCGUUGAGGUGUCACUUUACGGAAGUGACAACACCAUUGAAAUUCCGGACCAAAAUCGAUUUGCAGUUAUGGACUAUCUCAACAAGCUUGGUCCAACCAACGUGACACCAUCGCGAAACACCCCCCAGUCUGAAAAUUCAGGCAACAAUUUUGUUAUUAGAAUGAACCAAGAUAGUCCCGAAAACCAGAGUGAUUUUUACUCGUCCCUUGAGGAGACUCGAAUUUCAAGGACUUCCGAAAAGACCAUUAAUGGCAUCGUCACCUCCACUCCAAUUUUCGGUGGACACGUACGAGCAAAGUGUGUGCUCGAUGAUUGUCGCUGGAUUGAGCUCGUAGUUGAGCUCGGUCCUCUCUACGGUCCGGAAAGGCCAAACGGGAACUCCAUCGUUAGCGAUGGUAGAAGCAGCAUUCCAAUGCGAGCCUUAUCUACGGCAAGCGAGGAAUCUGCAAGAAACGCGGAGCCCAAAACGAAUUCAGUGGUUCCCACGGCAAUGGCACGACAAACUCCCGUGAAUGUGCCUUGGCAAACCUCACUAGGCACUCGUCGGACCUUCACCCAACCGCCUUCGGAUACUUCGGAUGGAACAAUUUCUUUAAAUUGUGACAAUGCAGCGUCUCCAACUGUCUGGCCCUCAAAACGAGUGACCCCUGGUGGAAGAUGCGCCAGACCUGUCCAGCUUUCAGAAAAGAAGACCAUAAUUAUCGAUUUGGGACACUACUUCAUCCGUGCAGGAUUCCUAAGAACACAACCCGCUAAACCAGACAUCUGUCUGCCCAACGUUAUCGCCGGCGACUCACCGUCGGAAAUAGCGGUGGGCGAAGACGUGCUGCGGAAUGUGGUGCUGGGAAACCACGUCCAGGGCUACCAGUCACCUAUCGUUUUCCCACUACGACAAAAGCAGAUUACGGGACCAACUUACUUCGGUGGCAUCCCCACAGAAAAGUACAUUUUGCGAGAAAUAAUCAAGAGACUGAAGGUAGAUCCAAAGGAAUACAAGGUUCUCAUCUGCCUGCCGACGCGGGCAUCGGCGCUUCGUACGGGCUUGUUCGAGUUCCUUCUGGGCCCCGCUUCGGUGGCCGAGGAGUUCGGCGGGGUGAACGCCGUGGCCACCAUCUCCGCGUUCCGCGCGGCACUUCAAACCGCCAAGGCGCCCACCUGCCUCGUUGUCUGCAUCGGUGCUGACCUCGAAAUCGUGCCCAUCGUCGAAGGGAGUCUUGUGGAGAAAGGGCGGUCAAGUGUUGUUCUUUACGGUGAACACGCGUUAAACGCGAUGCUCAUGGAUGUUGUGGAGGCGGGAAUCGACUUGUCUCCAGAGGAAAUUGCAUGCUAUGGGCCAUUCAUUUUCCAAAAGGUGAGGAUCCGGUACUUAUUCCAGAUCCCAUCCAGGAAACUGUACAUACCAGCUGAGCUGCGCCAACGCGCGACCGAGGGCAUGCUGAGGCCCGAACAGAACCUCCGCUUCGACGGCAACUCGCCGUCGCUGAAACGGCUUCUCAGGAAGGCCGUCAAGGCCUGUGACUUCGACUUCCGACACACCCUGUGCUCCAACAUCCUUCUCAUGGGUGACUUCGCCAGCAUCGAAGGUCUGCGGGUGAGGGUAGCAGAGGAGGUGCAGAGUUUCCUACCGAGAGGCGUGAGCGCGCCCAGAGUGCGGGUCGCGCCAAGCGCCGAAGAAGCCGUCUACGACGGGGCCUGCCUGCUCAGCGCUCUGCUCCAGGGACCGCGAGCGCCCGCCUGCCCCUGGUUCCGCUUCCUCGACGCCCACGACUGGGCGCGCAUCAGGGCGGACACGCUGUCCAACGGCAAGAGCACACACACCCGCCUCCUGCAACGACUCAAUGAGGAGUCUAUUUGGCCGUGA